AUGGACUUCGACAACACGACCAUCUCCGAAGCAGAUCUGACACGCCUCCUGCCCACCUGUCAAAGAUGCCGCCGCCUGAGGAGGAAGUGUGACACGAACCUGCCUGCCUGUCGCCUGUGCCUCAAGGGCAAGGCCGAAUGUACCUUUUUCGACCAUGCCUUGCAACAGACCCUACCGCGAAGCUAUGUGCAUUCGCUAUUGACGCGUCUCAGCCGGUUACGAGCUGUCCAAGCCUCGGUGAACGGGGAGGUUGUGCCAUUGACUCCCUUCCAGCCGCCGCAUCAUGAAAGAAAUGCUUCGCUCACAUCCACCAACCUCGACCCUCCGACCAACGACUGGGGCACAUACACAAGCGACCUAUCUUUUGACAAGCACUUCAUCAUCGAACAUGCAAAUCCGACGUGCUGGCAGUUUCUCGGCAGCAGCUCCCCAUAUGCUUUGGUGGUCGAGGUCCUCGUGCACGCCCAGGCGAAGCUAGGCCCCAUGGUCCAUCAUCCAGACUAUGCCGGUCCCGAAUUCUGGCUCAACGCUCAGAGCACCGAGGUCGCCGAGCCUCUGCAGCCGCGAGCUACCCCAUCUCGAACCGAGAUCCAGAUGCUCAUCGGUCUGUACAUGUCCACCACGAACAUCAUGAUGAACUUUUUCGACCCGGAAGAUAUGACCUACGAGAUCGACACGUAUCUCCGCCAUCAUGGCUCGAAUGUCAAAUACCUCGCCGGAAAAGAGGCACACCAAUUCUUCCGGGUUGCCAUGAUCUGUGCCAUCGCUUCGGCGAACAAGGCAAGGCAUCAUUCUGUCUACGAUACCGAGUCUAUGGCCUAUUAUGCCGAGGGGCUGCAAUGCGUAGAGGAGGUCACAUCCGAUGUGUCUUGUGAUGCCCUGCAGGCACUGCUGCUAUUGAUCCUCUUCACACUCUUCCAACCCCGAAAAGGCGAUCUCUGGAAACUGUUGGAUUUUGCCUGUCGACUGAGCGUGGAGCUCAACUAUCACACCGAACCCAACGAUGAGUACGAAGACGAGAAGAGUCGAAAGAGACGCCGCGGCAUUUUCUGGGGCCUGUACUGCAUCGAGCGAACCAUGGGUCAACACCUUGGUCGACCCUCGGACCUGACCGAAGAGAUCAUCACUGCAGAAUAUCCUGCCGCAAUCAACGAGGCUACCAUGGCAGAUCCAGAGAAAAUCCAGAGUAUCCUCACAUCCCACUAUUACAGACUGACAUAUCUCCGCUCGGAAAUCUUCCGAGAACUAUAUCUGCCGGCGCUGGCCCCCAGUCUACCUCGGAUGUGGUAUGAGCACAGUGUUGAGUCAAUGUUGGCGUGGCGACGAGAACUCCACUUCAUUGAGAGCAACGUGGGCAUGGGCAGCAUGACAUGCGACAUGGGAUUCGACACGUCAAUCUGCUUCCUAUUCCAGCCUCUGUUGUUGCGAGCAUUGGCGGCCACCAAGGAACCCAUGCUUGGCCCGGAAAUCACCGAAGUCAUCCCUCGAGAAAGCUAUCAUUCAGCUGUCAAAGUGGUCGACUUCUACAACAAAAUCUUCCGCGGCGCCGAGGGAACUGCUUGGGGCAUGUAUCCGAUCACCAUAGUCUCCGCGCACUACAUUCAUCAAGCCACUAUCACCAUUAUGGCGCAUUGCUUGUUGGCGAUUGACGGGCGUCUGCCCGUGGUGAGCUUCUCCCGCGAGCUCAGUGGUGAGGCGGAAGGACCGGUAGACUUCCACGGAAUCCAUGAGAUCUCGGGCACAUGCUUGAUUUUGCUGAAUACACUGUCCAAAAAGUGGGCAGGCAUGGUUGGUAUUCUCGACAUCUACAAAAGCCUGCAGGCCAAGGUCUUGCCCAUCAUGAUGCGGAGCGGGCUCGGCUGA